AUCAGCAUCGAAGGGCAAGAAUCAACUUGAAGAGCACGAAGCAGCUGGAAACAAAGCAGAAGUUUAUAAGGAAGGACAGAUCCAGUUGAGCAUACUGUGAGGAGAAUGACGAAGCAUCGAUCUGCGAUGGAGGUUCUAGCGAAGUUGCUGAGUUUCAUGUUCUUAUCAGCGAUAUGUUUACCUUCGGUGCUGGGAGGUCGUUCCUUCCUUCAAUCGCUGCCGCCUCUGCCAUCUCUUCCAUCGCUGCCUCCUCUCCCAACUCUUUCGGUUCAUCUUCCUUCGUUGCCUCCUCUUUCAACUCAUCUCCCGACGCUGCCACCUCUGCCCACUCUUCCUCCUACUCAUCUCCCGACGCUGCCACCUCUGCCCACUCUUCCUCCUACUCAUCUUCCAACGCUGCCACCUCUCCCAACCCAUCUUCCAAGCCUGCCACCUCUGCCCACUCUCCCAACCCAUCUUCCGAGCCUGCCACCUCUGCCCACUCUUCCUCCUACUCAUCUUCCAACGCUGCCACCUCUCCCAGCCCAUCUUCCGAGCCUUCCUCCUCUCUCCACUGUUCUUUCUCAUAUCCCAAAGCCUCCUCCGUUCCCCCAUGCUCCUCCCCAUGGUUCAGCGCCAUCUCCUCUUCAUUCUAUCUCCCCUUCGCCUACUCCUGAGGCUUCUAAAACCACUCCUCCUCCUCACUUUAAAGCACCGUCUCCAGCUCAUUCAUCUUAGUCUGAGUCGAAUUUUCGAACUGGUCGAAAUUUGGCACGUUCAGGCAACACUGGGACACAUCUCUCAUCUUCCAGGAGCUGUCAAGGGGUGAUCCUCCGUUCCUUCUGGUUUUCCGUCUCGUCUCUCGUGGGCUGCUCUAUUCGAAUAGCGAUUGCCGGCUGUCUCCAUCACCUGCCGUUUCUAUGGAGGAACUCAGGGGCGAGCUUCGUAUCAUCUUCGGGAUUCUCAUUCAUGUGCCGAUUCAGCCCUGCUACCAUAUGGGUCCUGCACAUUUUACUGGUCGUUCAGGGCAUCCAGCAUGCAAUGUAUUCGGAGAACACUCGUGUCGCUGGAUGUAGAUCCAGCGCCUAUCCUUCCUAUCGGGACCUAUGGAGAGGCGAACUUCAGUUCUUUCGCAACUGCAACACCAUAGGACUGCAUAUUUGUAAUAAAUGUCAAUCAAAUAAUAUGUCUGCUGAAGAAGAAUAUAAACUGUCCGGUACCAUUUUUGGAUCAAGCAAUAAAGGCCAGAAUGUUAUCC